AUGUCUUCAGCCCUUGAUAAAGCCCUUCUAGCUAUGUCGUUAGAAGAGGAAGAUACACCUUUCGACCUUCCUGAUCUUCCUCAAUACAGCUCUUGUCAAAAUAACUCAAUCAGUUUGAUAGGAAGAAUCCUUAAUCCCGAUUGCCAGAAGAUUUCAAAUUUGAUUCGGGAGAUGCCCCGUAAGUGGCAGAAAUACGACCGAGUUCGUGGAAUAGCGUUAUCACCAGAAAGAUUUCAAUUCAUCUUCAAACACGAACAUGAUCUGGUAGAUGUUUAUGAGAAAGGGGUUCACUCGUUCAACGAUUGGACCUUAGCUAUCGAGAGAUGGGAAGAAAGACCUCCACCUGAUUAUCUCAACUUUGUUAACAUCUGGGUUCGUCUUCGUAACAUUCCAGUCAAUCAUUACACGGCUAAAUCUAUUGAAGCUCUUGGUGAUUUAGUUGGUCAGGUUGUGAUAGUCGCCUUUGAUCCCUCUAGGCCGCGUCUAAAUGAUUAUGAGAGAGUCUUGGUUCGCUUCGACGUCUCUAAGCCUCUACGCAAAACAAAGGUGGUUAAUCUUCCAAGCGAUGUUUUCACUGUCAACGCUUAA